GCAUGCGCAGUGAGCAGAAGUCUCUUCCCGUCAUCGCUGUUCGAGGGUCUCCACGGUGAUCCGUCCAUCCCGCUCCUCCAGGCCUCGGUACCCGCGGUUUUACUCCAACUGGGUCGAACGCAGUGAAAAUAAAGUUGUUUGAGGAUAUUGGCGUAGAAAACAUCACAAAACUUGGAAUAUUAUUUUUUUUCUCCCCGCCAACUGUACAAGAUGAAGCUGUGGUGGGGCUGGACGUGUGUGCUGCUCCUCUCCCUCCUGGCUCUCUCUGAGUCCCAGGCUGAAGCUCAGGGAGACCUAGACCUGGAGAUGGAGGAAGCUAUGGUGGAAGACAUGGUAGAAGAUAGGGAAGACUCAGCAGAGAUAGAGGGAGAGGCGGAGAUGGAAGGGGAGGCGGAAGAGGAGAAGGGAACCGAUGCCAACGUCUCCUUCCAGGUGACCUACAAGACUCCUGUUCCCAUCGGAGAGGUGUACUUCUCAGAGACCUUUGAUGACGGCUCACUGGACAGGUGGCAGGUGUCAAAGACGAUGAAGGAAGACGCAGACGAUGAAAUUGCUAAAUACGAUGGUAAGUGGUCUGUGGAGCAGCUGAAGGAGAAUAAAGUACCAGGAGACAUGGGUCUGGUUCUGAAGUCCCGGGCCAAACAUCACGCCAUCGCCUCCCUGUUGGACAGACCCUUCCUCUUCCGGGACGACGCCCUAGUCGUACAGUAUGAGGUGAACUUCCAGGAUGGUAUUGACUGUGGUGGAGCCUACAUCAAACUGCUGUCAGACGACGAUGGCCUGGAUCUGGAUCAGUUUAAUGACCGUACCUCCUACACCAUCAUGUUUGGGCCUGAUAAGUGUGGAGAGGACUACAAGCUGCACUUCAUCUUCCGCCACAGGAGCCCUCUGAACAAAGACCUGGAGGAGAAACACGCCAAGAGGCCCGACGUCGACCUGAAGAAGUUCUACACCGACAAGAAGACUCAUCUCUACACACUGGUCCUGAACCCAGACAACAGCUAUGAGAUCCUGGUAGACCAGAGCAGUGUCAGUCGUGGCUCUCUGCUUCAUGAUGUGGUUCCUCCUGUUAACCCCACCAAGGAGAUAGACGAUCCCACUGACUCUAAACCUGAAGACUGGGACGAGAGGGCCAAGAUACCAGACCCAGAGGCUGUCAAACCUGACAACUGGGAUGAGGAGGCUCCGGCUACCAUCCAGGACCCUGAUGCUGUGAAGCCAGAGGGAUGGCUGGACGACGAGCCUGAGUUUGUAGCCGACCCCACCGCCGACAAGCCAGGCGACUGGGAUGAGGAGAUGGAUGGAGAGUGGGAGGCCCCUCAGGUUCCUAACCCAGUGUGUGAGACAGCCCCUGGAUGUGGCCAGUGGAAACCCCCUACCAUCAACAACCCUCAGUACAAGGGCAAGUGGAAGGCCCCUCUGGUGGACAACCCCCACUACCAGGGUGUGUGGAGCCCGCGUCAGAUCCAGAACCCGGACUACUUCGAGGACCUGUCUCCGUUCCAGAUGACGCCGUUCAGAGCCGUGGGACUGGAGCUCUGGUCCAUGACCUCCGAGAUCUACUUCGACAACUUCAUCAUCACUUCAUAUAAAGAGGUGGCCGAUCGCUGGGCUGGAGACAGCUGGGGACUCAAGAAACUGGUGGCCAGUGCCAACGAGCCGGGUGUGUUUUCCCAGCUGACCAUGGCAGCAGAGGAGAGACCGUGGCUCUGGGUGGUCUACAUACUGACUGUUGGUCUGCCCAUAGGACUGACUGUGUUAUUCUGCUGGCCCAAGAAAUCAGAUGAUGACUAUGUGUACAGGAAGGUGGACCCACCUAAACCCGAUGUAGAAGAGGAGGAGGAAGAGGAUGAUGAAGAGGAGGAGGAGGAGGAAGAAGAAGAGGAGAAGGGAGACCAAGCAGCUAAGGCCAAAGCUACUGAGAGUCCAAAACCUGCAGAAGAGAAGAAAGAGAAGGCGGAGGAGGAGAGUGGGGCAGCUGGAGGGGACAGCGUAGAAGAUGAAGAGGACGAUGAGGAGGAGGAUGAAGGAGAGGAGGAAGAAGAGACCAAGUCCAGUGAGGCAGCAUCGGAUGAUGUCAGUGCUGAGCAGAAGGUGGAGGCAGACGAGGGGGGCCACAGCGUUGGCGACGGACACAAACAGGCCGUGAGGAAGAGGAGGGUACGGAAAGACUGAUGAAGACCAACGACAACAAAUGAAGCCUUCUUUCUCCUCUCUCUCCCUCCUCUCUCCCUCUCUCUCUCUCUCUCUCUCUCUCUCUCUCUCCUCUCUCCUCUCUAUCACCUCCUCUCUCUCUCCUCUCUCUCACCUCCUCUCUCCUCUCUCCUCUCUCUCACCUCCUCUCUCUCUCCUCUCUCUCUCUCUCCUCUCUCUGUCCUCUCUGCAUGCCCUCUGGUGGUCCUAGUGACCAAGAUACUACCCCCCCCUCCUCCAUCAGUCAAAUGACAACCCCCGUUUCUUCUUAUCUUCCUUUGUUCUCUCUAUCCGUUACGCCUCUCUAAGGCCAUCAAGGCUACCCUGACCCCCCACCCCAACCCUCCUUUCUUCCAAAAUGAAUAAUAUGCCCCCUCACCCCCCCCUCUUCAGCUUCCAGUCUUCCUGACUAUAGUUCCUAGUUCUGGUUUAUUGUUGACAUUUUGUUAAGCUUCAGAAGUACUUUUCUUUAUUCAAACUAAAGUUAAAAGGCAGCUCUCUCUGGCUUGUGUCUCAAAUCACACCCGUCCCUGAAGAAGAGCUCUGGUCAAAGUAGUGCACUACAUAGGGGUGGAUAAGGAGUUAAAAAAGUAGUGUACGACAUGGGGAAUAGGCUGGUCAGAGAGAGAAGACCUCUAUAGCCAGGCUACUGUAUUGCUGCUGUGUGACUGAAGGUGCCAUGUUUCUCCUGGUCUCAGAUCUGCUUGUCGUUGGAGUCAAUUCCUCUGACUAUUAUUGGGACAAGAUUUGGCUCUAAAAUACAAACUGUGAAUCCCAAAUGGCACCCCGUUCCUGUUUAUAUUGAACCACCCUAAUGGGCCCUGGUCUAAAGUAUUAUACUAUAUAGGGAAUAGGGCUCUGGUCUAAAGUAGUAUACUAUAUUGGGAAUAGGGCUCUGGUCUAAAGUAGUAUACUAUAUAGGGAAUAGGGCUCUGGUCUAAAGUAGUAUACUAUGUAGGGAAUAGGGCUCUGGUCUAAAGUAGUGCACUAUAUAGGGAAUAGGGCUCUGGUCUAAAGUAGUAUACUAUAUAGGGAAUAGGGUGCCAUUUGGGACGUAGAUAUACAGAUCUGGGACCAGUCUUAAAGUUUGACUACAGAGACAGAAGGAUAUUUUCAGAGAAGAAGGCGCCUUGCGUCAGGUUUAAGUUUAGACGUCUACUUUAGAUUGAUAAGUGGUUGUUUUUCAUUCAUUAACUUAUAAAAAGAAGUUCAUAAUAUAUGUCAGUUUUUUGUGUUAUUUUGUUUUUUAACUAAAUUAUAUGGAUUUAAAACUGAUAAAAAUGUAUCUAUUUAUUUGAAACUUCUCCCUCUUGUUCAUUUUACGGCUCAAUUUAAAAUGCAGUUUUUUCUCUUGAGUGAAUGGACAUUUUUUGGAUGUUUAAAAAAUAUAUAUAUAUAUUAAUAAUUUGUAGUUAGUUUUACCACUGUUUUGCUUAUUGCGAGCCUACGUCAGAACAAACUAGUUUUUCCCCAAAGUCUGCGUUCCAACCCUCUGUUCUCCACCCGAGGGAGCUGGGUAUUCCCAAAGUCUGUGUUCAAACCCUCUGUUCUCCACCCGAGGGAGCUGGGUAUUCCCAAAGUCUGUGUUCAAACCCUCUGUUCUCCACCCGAGGGAGCUGGGUAUUCCCAAAGUCUGUGUUCAAACCCUCUGUUCUCCACCCGAGGGAGCUGGGUAUUCCGGAAUAUCCAAACUCCGGUUCCGGAAUGAAUUAUAAACAAUUCCGUCUUGUAUGGAAAGGGAUGUGCAGAUUUCUGCUUUUUGUUUCUUCUGUUGUCUCCAGCGUUUUCUAGUAAAAAUGUUUUCUGUUCUUGUACGACAACCAGGCAUAUUUCCCUGUUUUCAAUAAGUUGCAAAUUGUACAUUGCUCUUGGAAAAUUAAAUAUUUAAUACAAUAAAA